GGAGACGGAAGGAUUAUGUUGUUACUCUUUAUUGUGGCGGUGCUAGUAUUUCAGGAGUCAAGUGGGCAGUUUCCACCUCAGAUACCUGGUAAAUGGCGGAACCCGAACAUAGAGCGUUAUGUCCGAAACCUCUGUAGAUUCAUGCAGUGUCCUGGUAUAGAAGGCAUGUGUGACCUAAGACCUUACCCAUGCUUUGAUCCUCCAUGUGCUGUCGGGCCGACCUGUAUCCCUAGUCCAGGAAGUUCUACGAAACCGGGCAAUUGCCCUUCUCCUUUUAACAUAUGGACACGACGGGUCAGGUGUAACACAGACAUAGCUUGUUAUAAUUCAGAGAUAUGUUGUCACGGAUUCUUCGGAAGCGAAUGUAGAGCACCGGAACCAUUCAUGAUCUAAGAGUCCAAUGAUCAAUGUGUUGGAAAUCAAAUAAAACCUAAGUAC